UUCUAAUGAGGAGGCCUUUAAAACCAUCUACACAGACGGAGAUAUUCCUCAUGGCCGGUGCUAUGAAGUUUCUCCCCAGGCUUCCUGGGUUCAAGUCUGCCAGCACUCCUAAAUUCCCUUGUAGAUUCAACAGUCAGGCCACUCUUGGAUUUUCACCUCUGGCCACCACAGAUAAUGAACCUCAAUACAAAGAUGUGCCAGAAUAUUUUAAUUUUGCAAGUGAUGUCCUUGAUAAAUGGAGCCAAAAAGAAAAGGAGGGGAAGAGGCCUUCCAAUCCAGCUCUCUGGUGGGUUGGGGAGAAUGGUGAAGAGGUGCAGUGGAACUUCCAGCAGCUAAGCUCCUUAUCUAGGAAAGUUGCCAACGUGCUCUCAGAGGCCUGUAAUCUGUACAAGGGAGAUCGAAUCCUCAUGAUACUUCCUAGGGUCCCUGAGUGGUGGCUGAUCAGCUUGGCCUGCAUCAGAACAGGCAUUGUCUUCAUUCCAGCUACAAUCCUCUUGACUGCUGCAGACAUAUUAUACAGACUCCAGCAAUCCAAAGCCUGUUGUAUUGUUGCCAACGAGGCUCUUGCACCAUUAGUAGAUGCUGUGGGGUCUGAAUGCAGCUGGUUGAGAACUCGGAUCCUGGUUUCUGAAAGCAGCAAAAGAGAAGGUUGGCUGAACUUCCAUGAUUUACUACAAGCUGCAUUUGACAAGCAUCAACCAAUUCAAACAAAGAGUCUUGAUCCAAUGACCAUCUACUUUACCAGCGGGACCUCAGGCUAUCCCAAAAUGGUGCAACAUACCCACGGCAGUUUGGGGUUUGGGCUGGGAAUUGCUGCAAGAUCAUGGAUGUAUCUGACUUCUUCAGACGUUGUGUGGGGUCUUUCUGAUCCUGGCUGGAUAAAAUUUGCCUUUGGAGGCUUCUACUGUUCUUGGACACAAGGAUCGUGCAUAUUUGCACAUAGUUUGUCCCAGUUUGAUCCAAAAGUUGUUCUGGAGUCUUUUGUCAAGUAUCCAGUGACAACCUUCUGUGGCACGCCAACUAUUUUUCGGAUGCUCCUCCAACACAAUGUUAGCAGGUAUAAGUUCAAGAGUCUGCAGACCUGCGUGAGCGGUGGAGAACCAGCUAAUCUAGAAGUGCUCAAGCAGUGGAAAACAGAGACUGGGUUGGAUAUCCUUGAAGGUUAUGGGCAGACAGAAUCUUCUUUGAUAUGCUCUACUGCAAAAGGGAUGAAAAUCAAACCUGGAUUUAUUGGAAAACCUAUUCCUGGCACUGAUAUCCAGAUCAUUGAUGAAAAUGGCAAUCGUCUUCCUCCUGGAGUAGAAGGAGACAUUGCAAUAAAGAUCAAGCCACAAAGGCCUGUGGGUCUUUUCACCGGUUAUGUGGAUGAUCCUGAGAAAACUGCAGCUACUGAACGUGGGGACUUCUACAUCACUGGAGACAGAGGACUCAUGGAUGAAGAUGGAUACCUCCAGUUUAUUGCAAGAGCAGAUGAUAUCAUCUUAUCUUCUGGAUAUCGCAUUGGUCCAUUUGAAGUGGAGCACGCUUUGAUGAAGCAUCCUGCAGUAGCUGAAGCAGCUGUUGUCAGCAGCCCAGAUCCCAUCAGAGGAGAGGUUGUGAAAGCUUUUGUCAUCCUAACUCCUGCCUACCAGUCGCAUGACACAGAGAAAUUAAUUUUGGAGUUGCAAGGACACGUGAAGAAAAUCACAGCUCCAUAUAAAUACCCCAGAAAGGUGAGUCUUUGGCCCAAUGGGAGGCUCAUGUCUUGUUUGGCUUAAACAAGCAGGACCUUGAAGGUUGCCGAAGUGACCCCAUCUCCUAGGGCUGACCUGUGUCCU